AGUACCCGGAUGUUAGACUCACGGCGAGUGUGCAGCGAUGGUCCUAAUCGAGAAAAAAAAAACAUUGGUCAUCACCAACUUCAAUCAUCGCCAUUUUAUGGAGGGAAUUGAGUUAUUGCUGUUCCUGGAGGGAAGAUUAAAGGAAGCGGGAAAAUAUUGCCUCGUCAUUUCCGCAGGUCCAAUUUGGGACGGCACUCCGCUGUCACGGUGGGCAAGCCUGCCCCAGGAACUAACCCUGGAACUCACAGAUCCUGGACGCAGUUGUGGCUCAGUCGGAGCUGAAGGCAGAACGUCGUGUUGCUUUCUGGGGUCCAGUAGUUCUAACGCCAUGGCUGAACAUAUGCAUGUCAACACGCCGCUAUUGGAGAGCAUCGCCAUGUCCAAACGUGUGGGAACCACCGUGUAUUUGAAAAUGGAGAAUUCCCAGCCCUCUGGUUCUUUUAAGAUACGUGGCAUCGGACACCUGUGCCAGCAGCUUGCGCCACGAUCUAAAGGAAUCGUCUGUUCCUCAGGUGGGAAUGCUGGGAUGGCGGCUGCUUAUGCAGCUCGAAAAAUGCGCGUGCCGGCCACCGUUAUACUUCCCUCGACAACCCCUCAGUUUGUUGUCCAGAGACUACAGGAGCAAGGUGCUACUGUGAAAGUGGUGGGCAAGGUCUGGGAUGAUGCUCACGCCGAGGCGCUUAGAAUUGCUGAGACCGAAGGACUUGUCUAUGUGCCUCCGUUUGACCAUCCUUUGAUAUGGCAGGGCAAUUCCAGUGUCAUCACAGAGGCUGCAAGCACCCUGGGUCCCAGCGUCAAGCCUGGAGCGGUGUUGGUAUCUGUGGGUGGAGGGGGGCUCCUCUGCGGCGUCGUCCAGGGCCUGAAGGACGUAGGCUGGGUGGAUGUUCCCAUCAUUGCCAUGGAGACCGUCGGGGCCGACUGUUUGAAUGCGUCCGUUAAGGCCGGGAGGAUGGUCACCUUGGAUGACAUCACCAGCGAAGCCACGUGUCUUGGGGCGAAGACAGCCUGCAGGAAAGCGUUUGAAUACACUCAAAGUAAUGAAGUCACAAUCAUUUCGGAACUGGUGACUGACGAGCAGGCGCUUGGUGCCGUGGAGACAUUCCUGGAUGAGGAGCGCGUCCUGGUGGAGUUGGCCUGCGGAGCGGCUCUAGCAGCCGUCUACAGUGGGCUCGUGCAGAGACUACAGGCUGAAGGUGCUGAAGGUGGCGAGCGUAGCUGCGGAGUACAUGAAUUGAUCUGCGUCAGAAAAGUCUCUCCAGAGGUGCUGGGAUUUUUGACGGCCAUCGGACUCUUCAUCACGCUCAUCACUCUCCUCUUCUGGUACCUCAACAACAAGUCCAUGCUGGACAAUGCAGGGAGCCUUCAGUGCCUCGAUGACUUCAGGAAAAGUACCGAGUUACAAGAAAAGGUUUACGCUGAUGGUGACCAGGAGUGCUCAUCAUCAGACAGCGAGGAUGAGCUGAUGGGUCAGUACCAGGAAGCAGUCAGUCGAGCGCAAGGUCUCCGAGGAGCCAACGCGUCCACUCAUGUCAAACACGCGGGAAGAUUCAGGUGGGAGAGUCGACAGAAGUACAGCCCCCUGACGGCCGAAUACGACGGCUACUGCAGCGACGCUUCAGCUGAUGACGCCAACUGCAUUCAGAGAAUGAGGCGGACACCCCCCCUGGACGAACUCCAACCGCCGCCCUACCAGGAUGAGAACGGUUCCCCGCGGAUGUCUUGCACGCUCUCAGACCUGGGCGAUGCCAAGUGUGAUCUCUCCCAGACCAGCGGCAGCCCCCACCUUUCCUUCCACAAAUGCACGAGUGACGGAAGCGACGGCCACGAGACCGAAAGUUAUCUCAACAAGGGCUAUGAGGAGGACGUGCCCAGUGACAGUACCGCUGUCCUCAGCCCAGAGGAGAUGUCAGCCCGUGGUUCAGCAGCGCAGCUCCUCAAAGGCUACGAACCAGAUCCGGUUGCCAAGUACGGCACCCUGGAUGUCGUGUUUGACUACGAUCCGGAGGAGCAGCAGCUGGCGGUGACCAUCAUGGCGGUUACAGACCUCCCCAUGCUAAAGCACACCGGCAACAUCUCCUGGCAGGUCCACCUGGUGCUGCUGCCCACCAAAAAGCAGAGAGCAAAGACGGGCAUCCAAAGAGGCCCCUGCCCUCUUUUCACAGAGACCUUUCACUUCUGCCACAUGGAGUCCGAGAUGAUCGGCAACUACGCCAUUAGAUUUCGUCUUUACAGCAUGCAGAGGAUGAAGAAGGAAAAAGUGCUUGGAGAAAACGUGUUUUAUCUCACCAAGCUCAAUCUUCAGGGAAAAAUGUCCGUGCCAGUCAUAUUGGACCCAUGCUGCACCUAUCCGGGUGCGGAAUCCCAGAUCAGUCUGUCAGAUUUGACGUGCAGUGAAAGCGCCUUGUCGUUUCCGUCAGUGAGUCAGACCUCCACACCUGAGAUCCUGGUGGGUCUGGUGUACAACGCCACAACGGGACGUCUGUCAGUAGAGGUCAUUAAAGGCAUCCAUUUUAAGAACCUCGCUGCCAAUAAGCCACCCACUGCCCAACCCUUGUUGUCAGACGGGCUGUUCUGUUGCCUAAAACACUUGAUAGGUGGACAGGUUUAUAUUAUCAGAGACACGUAUGUUAAGCUGACCUUACUGAACUCCAUGGGCCACGAGAUGUCCAAGUGUAAAACGUCCAUCUGCCGAGGCCAGCCCAACCCGACCUACAAAGAAACCUUUGUCUUCCAGUCUCCAAUCUUCCCCGUCUCCAGCCAUCUCCAACGGGAGGACACCGAAGCGUUCCCAGGCCAGCUGUGAGACAUAAUCCCUCCCCGGCUGGGCAUGCCCAGAACACCUCACCAGGGAGGCAUCUGGGCUGGAUACCCGAGCCAACCACAAACCGGCUCCUCUCGAUGUGAAGGAGCAACGGCUCCACUCUGAGCCCCUCCCGAAAUCACCGAGCAUCCUUUUAAAGAUGAGUCAAAGAAACCUCAACCACGUCAUGACCUGCAUCGUAAACAACAUCGGUGGUUCUUUGUGGUGGGCAUCGAACGUCAUGCCAUCAAAUGUCACUAAUACUCAAUUGAAGUAUCCUGUGUGAUGACUCCGAAAGGUGAACGUGUUUUUGUUUGUCAUGUCUGAUGACAUCAAUAGUCCAGUGUCCUAGUAUUACCGGUAAUUACUGUAUUUUCUGGAUUAUUAGUCACUCUGGAGUAUAAGUCGCACAAGGCCAGAAAUACAUAAUUAGGUAAAAAAAAAAACAUACAUAAGUCGCACUGGCCAAAAAUGCAUAAUUAGGUAGAAAAAAAAACAUACAUAAGUCGCACUGGAGUAUAAGUCGCACAAGGCCAAAAAUGCAUAAUUAGGUAGAAAAAAACAUACAUAAGUCGCACUGGAGUAUUAGUCGCACAAGGCGAAAAAUGCAUAAUUAGGUAGAAAAAAACAUACAUAAGUCGCACUGGAGUAUAAGUCGCACAAUGCCAGAAAUGCAUAAUUAGGUAGAACAAAAACAUACAUAAGUCACACUGGAGUAUAAGUCGCACAAGGCCAAAAAUGCAUAAUUAGGUAGAAAAAAAACAUACAUAAAUCGCACUGGAGUAUAAGUCGCACAAGGCCAAAAAUGCAUAAUUAGGUAGAAAAAAACAUACAUAAGUCGCACUGGAGUAUAAGUCCCACAAGGCCAAAAAUGCAUAAUUAGGUAGAACAAAAACAUACAUAAGUCGCUCUGGAGUAUAAGUCGCACAAGGCCAAAAAUGCAUAAUUAGGUAGAAAAAAACAUACAUAAGUCACACUGGAGUAUAAGUCGCACAAGGCCAAAAAUGCAUAAUUACGUAGAAAAAAAACAUACAUAAGUCGCACUGGAGUAUAAGUCGCACAAGGCCAAAAAUGCAUAAUUAGGUAGAAAAAAAACAUACAUAAGUCGCACUGGAGUAUAAGUCGCACAAGGCCAAAAAUGCAUAAUUAGGUAAAAAAAAAAAACAUACAUAAGUCGUACUGGAGUAUAAGUCGCACAAGGCCAAAAAUGCAUAAUUAGGUAGAAAAAAAACAUAUAUAAGUCACACUGGAGUAUAAGUCGCACAAGGCCAAAAAUGCAUAAUUAGGUAGAAAAAAAACAUACAUAAGUCGCUCUGAAGUAUAAGUUGCACAAGGCCAAAAAUGCAUAAUUACGUAGAAAAAAACAUACAUAAGUCGCUCUGGAGUAUAAGUCGCAGGAACAGCCAACCUAUGAAAAAAAAGUGUGACUUAUAGUCCGGAAAAUACGGUAUGUUUAACGUCUGAUUUGGCAAAAGGUACUUAGCAUUGAAUGUAUUGAUUGUUUUCAGAACUAGAAAUUUGAAUGAAAUCAAAUGUGUGAUGCUAAGCCAUCAACAUGAAAUAUAACCUGGUUCUCUAACUUAUGGUAUCAUUCACAUUUUUCAACUUUGUAGUUUGAAAGAUUCUCUAUUUUCAUUUCUUUUAAAAGUUUAAAAACCUUGUUUGGGUUCUUUUUGCUCCUCCAAAAUAGAAACUACCUGUGCCAUUGAACGGCAUCGGUGCCUUAUGCUAAGAGUCCACUAGGCCGGUGCCGGUUCGCGCCAAUGCAAUUUGCUGUGGCGCCUAGUGUCACCAAUAAGGUGCCUAGUGGCGUGCAGUGGCUCAAACUGCCUCCCAACUGGCUCGUGGUGGCCCCGUAACGGCGGCAAAAAUUGAGUUUGUCGGCAAGAAAAUUUCAAAAUGUUUAAAAUCUUCAAGCAAUUGGCACGGAGUUUUCACCAAGUGGAACCAAAUGUCACAAACAAAGCGCCUAUUGGAAUCCACUGGAAUGUAAUGGCACGAGCCAAGUUGCGGCAAUAAUGCUAGAAGUCCACUGAGCCGGCGCCAGUUAGUGACAGUUCUCGCCAAAGAUUAUGUGAUUGCCGCGUAGUGGCUCGCUGUGGCGCCGAAUUAGCGGCAGCAUGGCGCGAACUGGCACCAACUGGCACCGGCCCAGUAGACUCCUAGCAUUACCGUUACCUGUGUCAUACUGUCUUAAUGUACUUGUAAACGUACUUUGUGUCAGUACUUCUGGAUGAGUGUGAUUUGUAAAAGUUCUUGACAAUAUUUAUCAUAAAGAAAACUGGAGGGAAAAAUGAUGAAUGUUUUUGUUUUUAUUUUAGUAUACCGUACAGGCACAAACUCUCUGGGGGUCUACAGGGGCAGGUGGUUGGGCCGGAUGCUCGGCUUCUGCGUGAUACGGAUACUGAUCUGGAGACGUUACCGA